GCCUCCGGACGCAAGGAAGGGGGCGUGGUCUCCUAACGCUAAGGAGCCCUAGACACAGACGCCCGCCCACACACCCGAAAUGAUAGCCUUCUGGCUUACGUGGUCCAGCUGCACUCCUAGAGCCUUCAGUUUCCUCCCCUCCUCCGUUCCCGGCUUACGUGGUCGAGCUGCAGUCCUCCGGCACUUAGGACUUCUUUGUCUCGUGACAAAGUAGAUCACGCCCAGGAGGCUUAGCAUGUGCGUUUAGUUUUCGGUGUGGAACUGGUUGUUGGGCAGGACGAGCAGGAAAAAAAAAUUAUGUGUACCAAGUGUUUCGCCGUGGCGCUGGGCGCAGUCGUGCUUGCUGUGGCAGCGCAAGGCCUCGAGGAAAAUGACACCCUCGUUGCCAUUCGCGAAGACAAGUCGUUAUUUAAUAACUUCUUCUCUCCGCUGACGGUGGUGCGGCUGUCCAACGAGCUGUGCACGGCGCCCGACGGCACCAGCGGCACCUGCGUGGGCAGACUGGAGUGCGCCAAGCAAGGAGGAACCGUGUCGGGCGUGUGCGGAAAGGGCUUCGGCGUCUGCUGCGUCACGAAGGUCCCCGAGAACGGAGUCAUCAGAGCCAACAACACACUCAUCCUGAAGGAAACGUUCAAUGACGGCGUCGACAUCUCUUACACAGUUGCUAAGGUCAAUGACGACAUCUGCCAGUACAGGAUUGACGUGAAGGAGCUGACGCUGGAUGCGGUGGGAGAAGCAGGGGACUGUUUCCAGGACUAUUUUAAAGUCAACCAAGACACGAAGUUCAGCAAGGUCUGCGGCAAAACGAUUGACGUCCACUAUUAUUUCGACGUGACUGCCCAGUACACCAUCUUCACCUUCCACACUUCCGAGGCGGUUUCCUUGGACAGGAGAUGGGAGAUGUACGUGUCUCAGUACACGUGCGACAUGGGCGCGCCCCAGGGAUGCGGCCAAUGGUACUGGGGUACAAGUGGAACAAUCAAUAUGUGGAAUAACAUUGAUCCCAACAACGACAAAUGGUACUAUGUUGACGACCAAGAAUAUGCGAUCUGCGUGCGUACCGAAGCAACGUACUGUAGCGUAUCAUAUGUCGAGAAUCAGCCCUUCGGUUUUGCACCGAAAUGUAAUGACCUUUUCGAACGACCCGGGACCUCGAACCAACAACAGACGUGCGCCACUACUCCUCCCUCCACUGCGAUCAGUUACACGGUGCCGGACGGUUUGCAGUAUUUCUACGUGAAGUUUAAGGACAACACCAACACCCAUCUGGGUAGCGCCUCCAACCCUUACGGCGUUCCCAUCAUUCAGUACACGCAGAACAAGUGCACAUAAAACACUCGUUUGGUGUGGGAGUGAUGUGUGAACCGCAUGACUUUGUGUUAUUUAUGAUUAUAUAUUAAGGUGAUAUUUAUUCCAUUUAGUUAGCUAAGCGUUUUUUGUUAUUCAACUGUUAUUUGUUUUAGAGUAUUCUGAUAGUAAUUUAUAGUUUUCUUACUUAGUAAAACGAUUAAAAAAUAUAUUUAUAU